AUGCCUGCCAUCCACUCCCCCCAACCGCGCCGCGUCCCCUUCCUCUCCCAUGCGUCCCUUCCAACGUGCCCCCCGUUGUCCCCCAUAUUCCCCCCGGACGAACCUCAAAUAAUGGCUCCGCAGCAGAACGCACCAUUGAGUCCCCCGCCCCUCAUGCCCCCCAUCGAUCUCGUCGAUUCCAGCACGCGUAAAUCUUAUCUAUCAAAGUCGUCACCUUGUAGCACUACCAAGAGCGCUUCGAAGAGGCGCAGAGGCAUGACAUAUCCCCUUUCAUGCUCCUCCCGCCGACACUGUACCAACAAGGAUUGCUUCAUUAAACGCUUCGGCGGCCCCGCUUUAUUUGACAGCCUGUCCUGGAUCUCGGCUCUAGAAUCCGCGCCCGAGCUCGUAUCCGUAUGGGACACUGCAGAUCUUUCUGUUCUCGUUAUGGACAAUGUCCUGGACGCUAAACCUCCUCGUUCCGGUCCAAUCCGCAACAGAAAGUCGCCAGUGCGGUCUAAUCCCUUACCGAGCGGCAUCCACUCUCCCGAACGCCAGCCCUCGUCUCCGAAACUCGAUGAAUUAAGACUACACACGCUAUUCCCAUUCAGUUACGCUUCUGCGGAUCCGCGGACACCUCCCCCUCCGGAACCGUUCAUACCGUCACAGAUCCGAUUCCGCGGCCUGUACCCCGUUUUGCCAGCAGACCGUGACGAGUCUCAGAGGUCAUUCCAGCCGGACUCAGAGUAG